AGUGUGCUUACUUAUAUUAUAAUAUAGAGUUUUAAAAAGUUAAUUUUUUAAAAUUUUAUUAAUAUAAGAGCUUCAUAUUUCAAUAAAUCCCGAAAGGUUUUCUGGAGAUCUCCUAGAGAUUCUUCGGUGACCCAUAAAGGCUCUCUAGAGGCCCUCUGAAGAUCUGGAGAAUAUACCCACUGGAUGCAUUAUAGUUGAUUACUUGUGAGUCCACUUUUUCUGCGCUUCAUAACAAACUACAAAUUGGAUUAAAAUUCGAAGAAACAAGGUUUCUUAAUUGGCCUAAAUAAAAAGACAGAGCAACUUUUUUUUAAUUUCUCAUCGUAACUUUGGACUACGACAAUAGUAAUACAUGAAGCUAAAUUUCGAAAGAAAUUCAUGUUGUAUAUCAACAGUUAUAAGUAGUCCCACUGAGAAGUGUAAACGAGUCAUGUGUUGUGACUAUUUCUAAUGCUGGAAAAGUAAAAGAUUGUCUUGUUUUAGGUAUAUCAAUAAGUAAAUCGACAUUUCAAGAAUUACGUCCACGUUUUGUACUAUAUAAAUCAACAUUAGCUCAUCGUAUCUGCAUAUGUGUUCAUCAUGAGAAUAUUCAUCUUCUUAUAAAUGCUCUAUCUAAACAUGUUACUGGAUUAAAAGCAGGUGAUCUUAGUGCAUUUACAUCUAUGCUUAUUUGUGAUGUUGAUGAUGAAAAAUGUAUGUCAUCAAAAUGUAUAAUAUGUAAAAAUUAUUUCAAAGAUCAUAUAACAGAAAAAGUUAUUGAUAAAAAUGUUCAAAUAGGAUGGUUUCAAUGGAGUAAUGAAAGCGGUCGUGCAAGAAAAGAAGAAUUUGAAGUUGAUGAUUGUGUUAAAGUAUUAAAAGGCAAAAUCAAAUCAUAUCUUUGGCAUGUAUUUAUAAAACAUGAACAAAGUAAUUAUUUUGAAUAUAUAAAACAAAAUGCUGGUGAUAAAACUGUUGUAAUUCAAGUUGAUUAUGCAGAAAAUUUUACGAUGGAUGAACAAAAUCAAAUUCAAUCAGCACAUUGGUCUAAAAAGCAAUUGUCUAUAUUUACAGCAUAUGCAUGGUGUAGUGGUAGUGGAGGUGAUGUAGGAUUUUCAUUUGGUUUAGUAUCGAAUAAUACAACACAUGAUAAAUUUAGCGUUGCUACAUGUCUUGAUGUUAUUGUAAAUGAAAUAAAAAGUUAUGUGCCAGAUGUAAAUGAAAUAAUCUUUUUUUCUGAUGGUGCUGCUAGUCAAUUUAAAAAUCGUUUUUUAUUACGUUAUUUAACAUAUAUGAUGGAUGAUAAUGCUGUUGAUAUAAGCUGGAACUUUUUUGCUAGUAGUCAUGGUAAAGGUGUUGUAGAUGGCAUAGGUGGCACAUUGAAACGCUUAGUAUGGUCAGAAAUGAUGGCUGGUAAAAGAUGUACAUCAGCUUCAGAUUUUGUUCAAAUUUGUAAUGAAAAAACCAAAACAAUAAUAGUAGGACAAAUAACAAAUGCUCAAAUAGAUGUAACAAUAGCAAAACUAUCAUAUAUGUUUGAUCAGACAUGUAGUGUACCUGUUAUACGAAAACUACAUUCUAUUAAAGUUUUACAUAAAAAUAUAAUUGAAUGUAGUUCAUAUACAAAUUGCACACAAACAUUCGUAUUUGCAUUUAAAUAA